GGAGUGACUUGUAAGAUGCCUUCUGUGGCCCUUUUCCUAACCUUGGUGCAUGGGUUCGCACUAUCUGCCGGGGAGGCAACCAGUACUAGUUCCUCCCCCAAGCUAAUCCUGGUAUCAUUUGAUGGGUUCAGGGCGGACUAUUUAUUGAACCACUCAUUGCCUAAUCUCCAGGAAUUCUUCAACGAUGGCGUUCUGGUGAGGGAAGUGACAAACGUCUUCAUCACAAAGACUUUUCCCAAUCAUUAUACGUUAGUGACCGGCUUAUAUGCUGAAAGCCACGGCAUCGUAGCCAACUCAAUGUUGGAUUCCAGCACAAGUCAGAUCUUUAAUUUGUCCGACUUUGAAUCGAAGACAAACCCAGUUUGGUGGAAUGAAGCAACGCCUAUCUGGGUGACCAACCAGCGCAUGGGCCGAAAAAGCGGCUCAGCCAUGUGGCCUGGCAGCGAUGUGAAAAUUCAGAAUAUGACCCUCAAUGACUUCUUGCCGUACAACUCCAAUGUCACCUUCGCUGAGCGCGUCGAUAACAUUACUGCCUGGUUUACGAGGCCCGAUGAUCCAAUCAACUUUGUCACGCUCUAUUUUGAAGAACCUGAUGCUAGCGGACACCAUUUUGGACCAGAAAACAAGGCAAAUAUGUCCACAGUGUUAAAUGAGGUAGAUGAACAUAUUAGAUAUUUGGUGUGGAAGCUAAAGGAAGCAAAACUUUGGGAUACAGUGAAUGUGAUAAUAACCAGUGACCAUGGAAUGGCCCAGUGCUCACAGGACAGGAUUAUCAUACUGGAUAAUUGCAUUGGUCCCGGGAACUAUACCUUGGUGGAUUCAACUCCAGUUGCUGCAAUUCUGCCCCUUCAAGAUACAAACUAUGUCUACAAUCUGCUGAAGAACUGCAGCAAUAACAUGAAGGUCUACCUGAAGGAGGACAUUCCGGAUCGGUAUCACUACAAGCACAACGCCCGGAUCCAGCCCAUCAUCCUGGUGGCCGAUGAAGGAUGGACAAUAGUGCAGAACGGAUCGUCCAACGUAAUGGGCAACCAUGGCUAUGACAACUCCCUCCCCAGCAUGCACCCUUUCCUGGCCGCCCACGGGCCAGCCUUCCACAAGAACUAUAAGAUGGGCUCGAUGAACAGCGUGGACGUGUACCCCAUGAUGUGCCACGUUCUCGGACUGAAGGCCGAAGCCAACAACGGGACGCUGUCCAACGCCAAGUGUCUGCUGGCCGACCAAUGGUGCAUCCAACUCCCAGAAGCCAUCGGCAUUGUGAUGGGCGCCCUCAUGGUGCUCACGACGUUGACUUGCCUUGUCAUCAUGCUGAAGAAGAAGCUGCCCACGGGACGUUCGUUCACGCGGCUGAGGUUGCAGGACGACGACGAUCCUUUAAUUGGGUGAUUUUUUGUAAAAAUUUGA